CCACAUAUUGUGAUAAAGUGGUGAAGACUUCGCCGCCUUAUAACGAGGGCCGCCGACUGCUAGACAUAAUAGAUAUGGCGAUACUUGACUUCUUCAUCGGGAAUAUGGAUCGACACCAUUACGAGACGUUCAAACACUUCGGGAACAACACGUUUCCCUUGCAUUUAGAUCACGGCCGGGGGUUUGGUCAGCCGUUUCACGACGAGCUGUCAAUACUGGCGCCUCUAAGCCAGUGCUGUGUUAUACGACAAUCCACUUUGAAAAGAGUGUUGAGUUUUACACAACAGGAUCACAGACUUAGCGGUUUGAUGCGAAGGUCACUGUCAGCAGAUCCAGUGAAUCCAGUCUUAAGCGAACCAAAUCUGGAGGCCUUAGACAGAAGGGUUAAUAUUAUCCUACAAUCGGUCCGCGAAUGUGUUAAUCAAAAGCCAUCGCAAGAAGUGAUCAGUUUUAAUGACCUUUGAGACACUCUUUUGUUACAAAAAUUUGGGGAUUUGUUGUCAGAAAGUGAUUGUUUGCUCUCAAACUCCAGUUCCUAUGAAAUGCCAAAAACAGACACCACUUGUCAUCAGAAGCUUUGAUCUUA